CCCGGGUAUCGAAUUUGAAAAGCAAGGCAAUAACGAUCGUGUAUAUAUAUGCGAUUAAAUAAUCAGUACUAGUCAUUUGUAUCUUUUUGGAUCUGAGAUGCGAACAUCAAAAUGUUAGCAAGCUUAUCUCGAAAGCAUCAAAAUAUCAUAUGUAUGACGAAGCACACAAGUGGUUGAUUAUAGGUCAUAAUUUAAAAGAGAGCUUGAAGAUCAUCGACGAUAGUAAUUUCAAUAUCGCUACUGAUGUAAUUAUAGCUGAACCAUCGACUCAUGGUUACGUUUUAUACGAUGUUUAUAAUUUAUCUAAAGAUCAUGGUGGAUCUUUGAAAACGAUAUUAUUUGGUACUUGGCACAAAGAAACUGGUUUGUAUGUUACACUGAUCAAACACAAAUUCAAUAGAAGAGCGAAUCUCCAAGGAAUGAAACUCAAUGUUGGCGUGCACUUCGAUCACAAAUUAUCAAAUAUGUCGAUCGAUAAAUAUUUAUUGGAUUAUAAUAACAAAUCGAAAGACAGUCAUUCGAAAUUUAUGUACGCGAUUUUGAUUAACAUCGCUGAGCUUUACAACUUCACAAUGAAUAUCACGAAAAUAGAUACUUGGGAAAAACGUGGCAGUAAUCGUGGUCCAAUGUUCGUAGCAUUCGAAGAAGGUAUAAUCGAUAUUUAUAUAAAUCCAAGCAUGAUGAUCACUGAGAAAUUAAAUUAUGGUGACAUCAUCGCUCCAGUUUGGCCGAUACGGACAUGUUUCUUAUUUCGCAUGAUUUCAUCGACAAAUUUACAACUUACGCAAUUCAUACGACCAUUAUCUAUAAAUGUAUGGUACGCUAUGUUAAUUAUAACAGCUCUUACAGCUUUUAUUUUAUUGAGCGUCUUAAGAAAAGAAGGUUUUCAUGAUUUCAUCGGACUCUGUGGAAUCUCGAUACUUUCUUCCGUCGGAGCUAUAUCGCAACAAGCUUCAGCUGUAGUACCUUACGGAAUUGCAGGUCGUAUAGCGUUUUUACACAUAAUGUUCUUCAGUUUGUUAAUCUUCAAUUAUUACUCAGCUAGUAUGGUGUCGAACCGCUUAAGAAAUAUGGGAAAUAAAAUGAAUGAUUCAUUAAUUAGCUUAGCCGAUAGCAAUUUUAAGAUCGCAAUAGAACCUACUGAAUAUAUUAAUUCAUUAUUACAGGAACCACAUAUAGAUGUAAAAUAUUUUUAUCAAAAUCGUUGGCUAAAGCUUCCUCAAUCAAUGAGAUACUUGCCAAUAGAGGAAGGAUUAAAUCAUGUUGCUCAGGGUGGUUUUGCUUAUCACACCUUAACAGAAUCAGCUUAUCCAUAUAUCGAAAAAACUUUUGAAACUUCUAUGAUGUGCGAAUUGAUGGAAGUUCAUCUCUUUCGAACGACUUUAGGGCUUUGGACCAGAAAAAAUGGUCCCUUUACUGAAAUGCUAAGAAUUGGAUUUACGAAAAUGAACAAUAUUGGUUUACGAGACCGUGAAUUGAAACGUUGGUCUGCUAGAAAGCCUCGUUGUCCGGCAAAUAUGCUUAUAGCCGAAGCCAUAUCGAUUCAAGAAGCCGCCCCUGUUUUGUUGUUCCUCGUCGUUGGCAUGGUUUUAUCGUUGAGUGUAUGUGCCAUCGAAAAUAUCAUUUUUUGGUUUUACUCCAAAAGAUCGUUGAUAAUAGAUAUCAAUAGAAGACACAUGGGCAAUUUUAAUCUUUUGAGAAAGCUAAAUCAUGCAGGAGUAUUCGCGAUUAUAAAAGAUCCUUUUUCGAAUCCAGAUGUACGUUUGAUAUUGAAUAGCGAUCAUUGGGCAGUAGGUGUUUUCGUGGAUUUACGUUGUCAUAAUGAAAAUCUCGAAUACAUUUUUUCCGAAAGUUCGGAACAUCGCAUGUACGGCUAUCUCUACAGCUGGUUAAUAUUAGGAUCAAAUCUAAAUCAAAGCAUAUCGAUUUUAAACGACACAGCUUAUAGCAUGGCCACCGAUGUAGUUGUUGCUAUACCUAAUCAAAAUGGUUAUGAAAUGUAUGACGUAUUUAAUCAUUGCAAAUAUCGGGGUGGUUUACUAAAUGUAAUUAAAUACGGCACGUGGAAUCCUAAUGGAAAUUUGACUAUUUAUUUAAUGGAACCAAAAUUGAUUAGAAGAGGAGAUUUGAAUGGUUUGAGAUUAAAGAUAGCUGGUGUAAUUCAAUACAGACCUAAAAAUAUGCGAUUAAUCGAUUACAUGAAAGAUAUCAAUACUAGAUCUUUAGAAAGUAUGCACAAAUUUGUGUAUUCCAUGAUUUCACACACUGGAGAUCUAUUUAAUUUUAGCGUACAUGUCGGAGAAAUAUAUUAUUGGGAUCGAAAUAGUAUACACGGCCGAAUGUUUGAACUUCUCAAAGACAAUUAUAUCGACAUUGCCAGCAAUCCAAGAGUUAUGGUGUCAGAAAGAUUAGAAUUUGCUAGUUUGAUCGGUGCAGCUUGGCCAGUUCGACCAUGUUUUAUGUUACUUUCUACUCCAACGAACAAAAUCAAAUCGGAUUUGUUCCUGAAACCUUUUACAGCAGGCAUUUGGGACACUUACGCAGUUUUCAUGAUCAUUUCGAUGAUCAUAGUCGGAUUGAUAUUGAAACGUGAAAAGGUAAAAAGCGAAGAGGGUUUCGGAGCUAUCGUUCUAACUAUUGGUAUCAUGAGUCAACAAGGAGCAUAUUUCUUUCCAAAAAAUUUAGCAGGUCGUAUAGCCGUGGUACAGAUAUUACUUUUUAGCUGGAUGAUGUACAAUUAUUAUUCCUGUAGUAUCGUAUCGGCUCGUUUGAGUGAACCAUUUGACAAAAUAGAAGAUUCUGUUGCAGUACUUGCCGAUACACAUAUGCGUAUUGCGGCAGAAGCUGUACCAUAUUUGAAUUAUCUAUUGAAAAAAUGGAAUUGGGAAUCAGAUUAUUUUAGAAAGAAACGUUGGGAUCCGUUGCCUCUAUCAAAAAGAUAUUUACCUAUAGAAGAAGGUAUCAGACAAGUUGGCCAAGGUAUUCUUGCUUAUCACACAGAUCCCAAUACAGCUUAUCCUUACAUCGAAAAGAUGUUUGAUUCAAGUCAGAUAUGUCAGCUGACGGAAAUUCAUCUCUUCAAGGAAUCAGUCAUGGGAAUGUAUUCUAGUCACAAUGCUCAAUUCUUAGAAAUAGCGAGAGUAGGUCUUAUCAAAAUGCAAAGUAGCGGGUUGCGAAAUCGACAAAUUAAAUAUUGGUCCUCGAAAAAACCUCAAUGUCAACAAGACGCUUUGUCAACGAGAAGUAUUACUAUUUAUGAAACAGCUCCAGCUUUUAUUCUACUUACGUUAGGUAUCCUUAUGUCAACUUAUACACAUGUUCCCAAAGAAAAAAUAAUAAUAAUGUAUACGAAAAGCUUUCUUCAUUUUCAAUUUGUUUUUCUCGUUUUUGCACAAAAUAAUGAAAUUAUUCGGGAUUAUUUCAUUUAUAAAAGGAUACCUGCUGUCGUUGGAUUUUCCUGCGGGAAUAUUACUAAUGAUUUUCAGAUGAUCAAGAUGUUAAACGAUGUAGGAAUUUCGGUAUCAAUAAAAGGGCCAUCGGCAGAAUUCAAUUUUCUUCGAUUCUUAAACGUUAACUAUUGGAAAUUAGGUGUUUUCGUAGAUUUACGUUGCCAGGAUCAAAAUGCUACAGUGAUUUUUGACAAAAGUUCUGACUAUCGUAUGUACGAUUACGCAUACAACUGGUUCGUAUUGGCACCAAAUAUAAGCUAUUGUUUACGUAAAUUGAAUGAUACUGCCUUUAGUGUUAUCACUGAUUUUGUUGUUUCCAUACCGAAUUAUGAUUAUUACGAAUUAUAUGAUAUAUAUAAUCCUAAUAAAGAACGUGGUGGUACACUGAAUAUAACCAGAUACGCGAUAUGGAAUGAAGAUAUUGGAUUAAAGGUAUUUUUAUUAGAAACAAAGAUUUUAAGAAGAUGGAACUUUCAUAAAUUGAAAGUCAUUGUAGCCGGUGCUAAAUUAAUUUUCCAGUUAGAACAGAAACCUGAAAAUACUUCUUUAUUAGAAUAUUUGGAAGAUCACGAUAAUGUUAAUUUGGAAGAUUGGCCGAAAAUCGGUUUUACGUUAGUACAACUUUUAACCAACAUAUUUAAUUUCAGCCUGCAUGCUAAAGCAUUCACUACAUGGACGGAUUAUACUAAUGGACCUCUGAUGGAUUCUUUAAUCGAUGGAUCAGUAGACAUUGGAUAUCAACCCUCUCUUAUAAUUCACAGAAGACUCGAUUUUGCUAAAGUACUUAUGGAAAUUAUGCCUGCACGUACAUGUUUUAUGUUUCUAACAUUACCAUCAACAACGAUCCAGUUUAGUAGUAUUUUGCGACCAUUAGCUUGGAAUUCUUGGUACAUGAUUUUCUUUUUUUUCAUUAUCUGUUCUUCGGUCUUUUCAUUUAUUACAAAAUCGGAUCGAAUUGAAAAUAAGGAUUAUGGAAAUUCAUUGUUAACUACUUUGGGCGCGAUAUGUCAACAAGGUGCACAGAAUACGCCUUUUAAAUUUGCCAGUCGUAUUGCUCUGUUUCAAAUUGGUGUUUAUGGCUUGUUAAUAUACAAUUAUUAUUCAGCAGCGAUAGUAUCGGCACGUUUAAAUAUACCGCUUAAUAAAUUAAAUGAUUCGUUAUACAAAUUGGUAGCUAGCAAAAUGAAAUUAGGAUCGGAGGAUACCGUCGUUACGAAUAUUAUAUUACAGGAUCAUAAUCCGGAAAUGAUAUACUUUAAAAAUUAUUGGUUGCGAAUACCACAACAAAAGAAAAUCAUGAGCGUGGAGAAAGGAGUAAUAAAAAUGAUGCAUGGUGGUUUUGCUUAUCAUAGUAUUCCUGAACAUGCAUAUUACUACAUAAAUAAUUAUUUCGACCAAAAGAUGAUAUGUCAACUAACAGAAAUUCAUUGGCUUCGACCGACCACAGUAGCUCUUUAUACGAAUCGUAAGGGUCAUUAUCACGAAGUAGGAAAGAUAGGACUCAUGAAAAUCUUUAGUACGGGUCUUCUCAAACGGGAAUUAAAAAGGACCUUUGCUCAAAAGCCCUACUGUCAAAAUGACGGAAAUUCCGUAGAAAGCGUAACUAUAUACGAAGCUGCUCCAAUAAUAAUUCUUUUGAUAUGCGGAAUAACAAUAUCUAUUAUUAUUUGUUUAAUAGAAAAUAUUAUAUUCCGAAUGAUAAAAACUAAGCAAUUCAGUAUAAUUAAGAAGUACAAAUUAAAAUUGAUGAAAAAAAUUUGAUAGAGAAAAAAUAUUGAUGUAAUAGUACUCUUCAAAAAUAAAAUUAAAAAGACCAA